CUGAUUUUGAACAUGGCGGCCGCUAUGCAAAAGUUUCCUUGGCUGGAAACGUUAAAAAAUGCUCGAAAAACAAACCUUGUGCAAGAUGGGAAAAGAAAGGUACACUACACUUUUCCAGACCACACAGAAAUGGUAGAAGAAUAUGCCCUAUCAUCUGGGGAUCUCAUUGUAAGAAAAUUUAAAAAGAGAAGUACACUAGGAAAGGAAGGAAAAUGGGAGUAUGAAGUUGGUGAAGAUCUGCGACCAAUGAAUGCUGACUCCGAACAUAUUAUGGAAAGUGUAACAAAUCCAAUAGCAACACGAAAAGAUACAACCAAAGCCUUUCAGUGGAGAAUAAGAAACCUGCCCUAUCCUUUAGAUGUGUAUAACAUCACCAUUAAUGAGGAGAAGACGGCAGUUGUCGUGAGAACUACAAAUAAAAAGUAUUAUAAGAAGUUCAGCAUUCCAGAUAUGGAGCGUGCCAAACUACCACUUGAACAAAAGUCCUUGAGCUUUGCUCAUGCAAAUAAUACCCUUAUCAUAACUUAUCAAAAGCCACCAUUAAUACUGGAACAAGAAAAACUUAUACGACAAGAACUGGCAAAAAACAAAACUGGUGAUGGUGAUCUUGAAUGUAAACCAAGUUAGAACAAGACACAAGUAACCUCUGUUUUGUAGAUUAUUUAUGCUAAUUUUUCUUAAGAUUAGGAGUAACAGUUUUAUUUACAAUUUACAAAGUAUGGWAUCACUGUAUUCUCUGGGUUCCCUGUGGUGAGUGAUAACACAGGUAACCCAAGAACGAAACCCAAGAGAAAUAAUUUAUUUGUUUUCACUUCAUUGGUUAAUCAUCAGAGCUAAUCAUGAAUGAGUUAUCGCUUGUUUGUGAUUAAAAAGGAACAGUUAACAUGAAAAAUGCAACCAUGCUGGAGGACAACCUAAAGAAAUAAAAGAUCCUGUACAUCAUUCAGCGUAACCAGCACCAUAUAUACAUCCUCGGUUAUCUGUAUGUUUUAUCCUUCUCAAUCUCRAAACUAUUUCGUUACAUAGAGAACUUGAUAGUAACCACGGAAACGGCAGCCAUAUUGGAUGACAGCCUAAUCAUUUAUUACAGACAUCAGCUUGUUUUCUUCCACUUAUGAUUUCAAAAUUGGUUUGUUUCUAAAACACUAGACUUGAGAGUUAACAUGGAAAGGCCAGUCGUAUUGGAUGACAGCCUAAGAAUAUACAGUCAUUUAUUGCAACCUUCCUCAGUUACCUGUUUGAUUUCUUCCUUUGUAUCAGACACUAGGCUUGUCAGUUACAAUGGAAAGGGCAGUGGCAUAUUGUAUGACAGCCUAAAAAUAUCAUUUAUUACAACCUAUUACUUACUUCCUCAGAUACCUGUUUGCUUCCUUCCUCUUUUAAUUUCGUUUGUUUCCCAGACAACUUGACGGUGUCAUAGAAAUGCUAUAAAAGUUUGAAGUGUUUGUAUUGUCAAUGUAAACAUCGUCUGGUUCUUUGAACGUAUGUUUCUUUACCUGUUUCAUUAUCAUAAUGCAUAUUUGAGUAUGGAGUCCUUAGUAAUUAUUAGUAGUCAAACGUAUUUCAAGGCCUGUUUUGUCUUACGCUUUUUCUUUUUUAACGAGCUUGGAAAUUGUAAGAGUGUUUUCAAAACCUUCUUUUUAACUGGAGCCAAAGCGAUUGGCGAGUCUUUAAAUAUUGUUCAAAUUUCUACUUACAAGGGAUUGUCAGAAGAUUGCGUGGUCUUAUAUUCUCGUAGCCAUAUGGACGCCAAGACAUUAGAAGUGUGUUUUUCUUAAGUGAUUCUAGAGUUGCGUGUGGGCGAAUACUCCUUUGAUUAUAUUAAAGAUGUGUAAAAUGUA